AUGCCCGGACCCAAGAUUGAGGCGAACUGGGGUGACACUAUCAUCGUUCACCUCAAGAACUCAAUGCAGAACAACGGCACUUCGCUCCAUUUCCACGGCAUUCGUCAGAACUACACCAACGAAAUGGACGGUGUCCCAUCCAUCACCCAGUGCGCUGUCGCCCCUGGUGACUCUUUUACCUACACCUUCAAGGCCAGCAACUACGGCACGUCCUGGUACCACUCUCACUUUGCCCUGCAGACCUACGAGGGUGUUUUCGGUCCAAUGGUCAUCCAUGGCCCAACUGACGAGGUCUACGACGACGAGCAGAUGAUCGUUGUUCAGGAUUGGUCGCACGCCACUGCUGACUCAAUGUAUCAAUCUGCUCAGACCGUCGGUCCCGCGCCAGACCAUGGCCCACGAACGCUCGACACUGGUCUCAUCAACGGUGUGAACGUCUGGGGUGUCGAUGGCGCCGCCAACGCUACUGGUCAACGAUUCAAGAUGACUGUCAUCCAGGGUAAGACCUACCGCCUGCGUCUUGUCAACACCGCCAUUCAGUCCACUUUCAAGUUCUACAUCGACGGUCACAAGUUCAAGGUCUUCGCUAUGGACUUUGUCCCAAUCAUUCCCUACGAGACCACCAUCGUCAACAUCAACAUCGGCCAGCGCUACGAUCUCCUCUUCAAGGCUGAUCAACCCAUUGACAACUACUGGAUGCGCUCUGAUAACCAGAACCUCUGCGCCGCCAUCACCUACGCCGACAACAUCAAGGGUAUCGUCAGCUACGUCGGUGCCUCAUACGGCCCACCAACGUCGACUGCCUACAACUACACCGCCGAAUGUAUCGACGAACCCUACGAGAAGCUUGUACCUCGCGUCCCUCUCACCGCAGGCGCCUCCGCCGACCAAACAAUCGAGAAGACCGUCGUCAUCGGCGCCAACGGCGGCGUCCCCAACCUCUUCAAGUGGACCCUCUCCGGCACCACCUUCCAAUCGCAAUGGGGCGACCCAACCCUCACCAACAUCGUCAACAACGGCUCCAUCCCCACCUACUCGGGCGACCUCGCCAUCACAGUCCCCAAGCUCAAAGAAUGGGUCUACGUCAUCAUCGACUCGCCCAUCCCGCUCCCUCACCCCAUCCACUUGCACGGGCACGACUUCCUCGUCCUCGCCCAAGGCAAGGGUCUCUACAACAGCGACGUCACCCUCAACACCGUCAACCCGCCCCGUCGCGACGUCGCGCUCAUGCCAUGGGACCCCGUCGGCGGCACGGGCGGGCACUUGGUGCUCGCGUUCGAGACGGACAACCCGGGUGUCUGGCUCAUGCACUGCCACAUCGGCUGGCACACGUCCAUGGGCUUCGCGCUGCAGAUCAUCGAGGCGCAGGACGAGAUUAAGAAGACGGUCAAGAACAGCUGUCAGCUCGAUGGGACGUGCUCCAAGUGGCACGAGUACACCAAGAAGUUCGACAUUGUCGUUGAUGAUUCUGGCGUGUAA